GAUGUGCCAGAUGUUCCACAGCUGCCAGUCUUCCUUGGUCUCCAGAAUGCUGCUAUCAUCCUUGAGGAUGUGCCAGAUGUGCAGACUAUCCUUGAGGAGGCCACUGGCAAUUGGCAGUUGAUUCCGAUUAGGUUCAGCCCCCUGUACUGUGGGCCUGUUGUGAUCAGGAACAAUGCCGGUCCGGUGGUUAAAGCUUGGAGAACUUUCCAGUUCAUCAGCCCCAUCAUCACCUACAUGCGUGGGGGAUCCCAGCAGGUGGUGGUGAGGAUGCACCACGUGAGUAGGGUGAGAGGCCUGGAGACUCAACUGGUGUGGGCCAUCUCCAAGGAGACAGCCAGGCUUAGUCCAGAGGGGAUCCCCUACUGUGCCAUCAAAGUGCAGUCCAUCACUUGGAUCCAGCGUGUGGCUGGCAGGGUGACCCACUAUGCGUCUCACCUCCGCCACGAGACGUCUGUGGACGUGACGCUUGGCUGCUACCAGCAGACUGAUGUCUCAGUGGUGUACGCCACUCUCCACAUGGGGCUGGACGGGCUUCUCUCCUCUUCAGCGUGGUCGGAGGCUGCCUCCUUCUCUACGCCCACCACUCAGCAGUUCACUGACCCAGAGCCUGAGGGCCACAACUGCUAUGAGGGCUGGGAGGAGGACCUGCUGCCUGAGGAGAGGGAGGUUCCUCUCCUAAACCUCUACCUUAUCACCAAGAGAGUGGAGGACAUCGCCCUGAGGCUCGUCUCCCUGCGCCAGGCCUUCACUACCCUGCUUGGUUCCACCCUGAGCAGAAACCGUCUGUUUGUGGCGGGAAAGGUCCUCCUGGGUGCACUGGUUCAGGCCAACCACAUGGACGAGGCCAAGUUCAUCCGUACCUAUAAGGACUUUGUGGACUACCUGAGUGACCCCUCCAAGCGGAAUGACAUUGAGAGGGAGCUGGCUGAGGCAAAGAUCCAUCAUGUGAACAUGAUAGAUGUCCUCUUUGAGCUGGUGCUGUUUGGGUUAAUGACAGCUCAGAAGUCCCUGAUGGUGCACCCUGGUGGGUUCGUGGAGCGUCUGUACGCUCUCCUGUACUCCUUCCUGCCCACUGCUGCCAACAUGGAGCCAGAGGCUGACAGAUACCUGCUGCUGCUCAAUGAUUCUUGUGACACUUUGCCACCCAACAGGGAUCUAGACACCAAUGCACUACAUUACUUUGCACUGAAUUUGACAUUUUUAAAUAAAACAAGUUGUAGUUCAAAAACAUUUUGGUUUCCGUCUUUUCAUUUAUUUGAUUUUAUGACCAUUUCCUCUUCCUAG